ACCAGUUGAGUUGAGUACUCAGUAGACUAGUAGUACUAGUACUAAUAGUCAGAGUCUAGAGUGGUCACUACUGAACUGAAAGAAGUCUUGCUAAGUAAAGUAAUAGUCUAGUAGGCUUGAAUAGGUCAUAGGUCUACUCUUAGUGUAAGUGGCUACUGUUACUGAGUAGUCCCAAUCCCAUUCAAUUGAUUCAGUCAUUCACUCAGGAUGCAUCAAUAGGAGUAAUAGGACCAUGUAAGUUUGACAUUUUGCACCAGGGAUGAAUGAGUUCCCUUAACUUUUGACUUUGUUUAUUCUUAAAUUGUUACUAGAGUUAAAUUUUCAAUUUUUUAAUAUUAAAACACAAUGGAAUGUUUUAAAUUGAUAUUUCGUUGGAUGUUUAAUUAUAAUAGGCUAAAUUUUGUAGCCCACAUGUUUUAGCUGAGGGAAAGGAGUGACCGCAGGUCAUUGACAUUUCUCACCACAUGUCUAUAGGGAUACAAUAAAGUUGCUACUUAUGCCAUGAAAUUAAUGUACUGGCUUAAAUUAUGCUAGGCAAGAGGGUGACCACUAAAUUUUAACAUUUUGUUCCUAUUUUUGCUUUAUUUGAAACAACACAUUCUCUCCCUUCCCCUCCUCAUUUUAGCAGACCUGUUUUUGUACUACUUUUUUUAUUACAUAGUUAACAUAACAUAGCCACCCUCUUUGUUGCUAUGACAAAGAUGUCAGCCAUUCAAAAAAGAAAAUAGUGCAACAGCACAGUAGAAUGGGGGAAAUGUCAAGCAUACAAUUACCGAUCACUUCAGCGCGUAAUAUUUAAAAAUCAUGUUUUUCUAAUUUUAAGUGCUAUUUAAACGGUUAUUUUUUUUUUUGAUAAGAUGAAAUUCUUUUAUUGAUCCAAAUAAAUGGAAAUGGUUUUUUUAUGACAUUGUACAAAUUCCUUUCAGCAUAUAAAUAAUCCAAGACAAAAUUGUUUAAAUAGAAGCAUUUUUAAAAUUUAAUGUAUGAAAAUAAAGCAGAGUUUGAGUUUUUUCCUAUUUCUCCCCCAAGGUAAAAAGAAAGUUCUUGAAAAUAUCAUCUCCAUAUAGAACUAUCACUUCACAUGUACUCAUGCAAAUAUGAAAGGAAAAGAUCAUGGCGCAAACUGUUUUUUCAGUUUGUGCUUUCCUUGCAUCCACAAAUUUUCAACAUUCUGUGUGUUGACACUAGCAUCAUUUGGAUCAACAACAUUUUGUUAUUUGUACCACAAUAUUCAGUGCCUGAUCUGGUUUAUUAUUGCAUAUAAACUUUGUGUGUACAGGGAACUUUUCCUUGUUUGCACGUUGAUAGAAUUCAAUAGUAAAUUUUAAAUUAUUAUUUUAUUGUUUUUCUAGUUUUUGUUCUGGCCUACUUAAUAGGGCAGUAUCAAAUUCCAAUCACGGCCACAUAGCUUAAUAUCUGAACGAUUUUGGUCUGUGCAAAUGUUUUGUUGUAGGUUUACAAAAUUUUUUACUAUGAGCUUUUCCUUUUUUUUUUUUAAACAUUUCAACAUCAGAAUACGGCAAGUAGUCAAGCACUCAUUAAUUCAUUUCAAUUUCUUUAUUAAGAUUCACUUUAAAGAUAAAAAAAAUCUUGCAGCGCCUUAUGAAGCCAUUUUUUAUAAAUCUAUUAACCCUGUUUGUCUAACAUAAUUUGAGUAAUAUGUUAGUUUGAUAUCUUAGUUAUUUUCAGUAUGGGAUCAAAAAAACAUAAAGAAAAGGAUAGAGAAAGCAAGAAAAAAAGAAAACAUCGGUCUAGAUCUAGGUCAAGAGAAAAGAAGAGACGUCACCGUGAGAGAUCUAGAUCAAAUGACAGAGAGAGGGAAUCUACUGACUUUUUACAAAAAGACUAUGGCUACUCUGAUGGCAGGGGCAAUGAUGAACGAAGUCAAGUUGUUGACUAUAAUCACGGUGAGCCUCGUGAUUAUGACCGCAGGGAUCGCCAAUCAGGUAAAAGAAAAUUCAAAAAAAUUUUUUUUUUUAAAACGUAACCUUUGCUAAUAAAAUUGACUCUAUUUUUUAAAAAACAUUUUGAUUAUGUUUGUUAUGCAGUGCAUUUAAUAGGAUUGAAUUGUGUAGAUCGGAUCUAGAAUUUCUAGUUAAGAUAUAAUUUUUAACCCUGUGAUUCAUAUUUGAAAUAGAGAACAUCCAUGAAGCCUUGUUCUUUUAACACAGACAUUUAAGGCUAUCUUGCUUAUUUUGAUUUUUUUAAACCAGAAGAAACUUUGCCAAUUUUACCAUCUGUGGUAAUGCAGUUAAGAAAAAUAUAGAAUUUCUAUUUUUUGUGGAUCUGUUAAGUGUGUCGGGGGGGGGGGGGGGGGGGGUUGAUGUAACUGGUGGGGACGCUAACAUGAGGCAAAUAAUCCCUGGUAGCUUUAGAUUAUAAUUUUCCUGGGCCACAUUGCCAGGUUUAAAAUUAAUUAAUAAUUUUUCCACCAUAGGUUUAUUUUCAUCUGAUUAACUAGAGAAUGUUACUAGUUGCUGCUUUUAUAACUCCCAACCCAUCCUAUCUGUCCAGUUUGUCCUUUAAAUCAAAAUUUGAGUUUUAAAAAGUUAACAUGUACAUAGCUAUUUCUUGUUGAAGAUGUAAGCAAUUUUAAAAAUACUAAUGUACAGAGUUAUAUUUAUAUUUAAAAAAGUAAAAUCUACAUAUUUUGUUUGAUGUAAAUUUUAAGCUGCUGAAGCAAGGGAAGAAACCCAGAAUGCACAGUCAUCAGGAGAUGGGUCUAGUCUUAGUAUUGCAGAAACAAAGUAAGUCUCUAAGUCUACUGAGUAAUCCUUUAUCCAAAAUUUAAAAAACACUUGUCUGACUUUAACCUUUCGUUGUUGAUAGGUUGUUGAACCUACCAUGCUGAAUGUGAUAAAGUUUGUGUCAUGAAUAGUUGGAUUGCAGAUUCUAAAGCAGUUUAAUUUUCCUAUAAGCUGUAUUUUGCACUUCUAAUUAUCAAUAUAAUAUACAAUAAGUAAAACAGAAAUGGUUAUUAAAUCUGAAAGCUUUAAAUGAAGUUGUUGUUGUUUUUUAACCUCUUUGUUUUUAGUGUAGCACAAUAAGUUUUUUAAAGCUCCUUUUUACCUAUUGAACUGAUUACAAAAUAUCGCUUUGGUGUCUAAUUAUUUGAAUAAAUAAUUAGUUCAAUAUGGAUUCAGUAGGGAAAAGAUUGCAGUAGGAGAGACAUGACACAAGUUCUUUUGAAUAUAAACGUUUUUCAUUAUAUUUUUAAAAGUUUUGACACACUUUUGGUACUAUUUUGAAACAUGAAAGGUAUCCAUUAUUUUAUUUGAAAAUGCGGAAAGAAACUAUGUUUAUAAAAGCAAUUCUGAAGUCUAAUGCAGAACCUAAUAAGUUAAGAAACGCAAUGUUCCAAUAAGAUCUAUAGGAAUUUGUGUAAUCUUGAUUUGGGUCCUGAUUAAUAUUAUGGCUGCUAUUUGAAAAUACAGGCUCAUGGAUUUGUGAAUUUACCAUGAUUGCCAUUUUAGAUUAAAUUAUUUUAUUAACAGAGCAGUUACAUAAUAUGUAAGUUGCAAUUUUUGGUGCUUUAUUUGGCCUCAGCUGCCAUGAACAAAUAUAGCUGAUAUAUGUUUUUAUACAUGUUUUUGCCACCAACCACAUACUUUUUUUUCUAAUCACACAACACAUCAUUUUGAGAUUCGACUGCAAACAAUGAAUAAAUAGCAUUGCCAUGAAAUUGGUUUUGAUGGUAUUGUGAAUAUUUGUUUCACCAUUACAAAUAAACUUCUGUGUUUUCUCCCCACUCAUAGUCGCCUCAGAGCCAAGCUGGGAUUAAAACCUCUUGAUGUGCCUGACAAAGGUAACUCUAAAGCUGCUGUGUUUAAAGUUAUAUACAAAUGAAGCUAUGUUGAUCUUUGGAACAAUGUAAAUAAUGAUAGUUGUUGCAUCCUGAAAUCUAGAGAUACAGUUUUUUAAAAUUAAACUACCACAGUUUUAUAUUUAAGUAAUAGAAGAAAAAAAGAUUUAGCGAAAUACAUAUUUUUUAAUAAGUUACAGGUGCAGAGCAUAUGUUAAAAAGUCAUUUUAUGUGUUUUGCUGCCAACACAUGAUACAGUUACAUUAAAUUACCAAGACAUCUGUUUUCAUCAGUUAAGUUUUAACACUUAUAGGCUCAUGAGUUUCUUGGAUUCUCUUUCGGUUGAUAAUCAGGUGAAGAUGGUAAACCAAAAAAGAUUGAUGGUGUUCACGUCCCAGCUGUCAACUUAGGAGAUGUCAGGAAAACUGAAAUUUUAAGGGAGAAAAUGUCAAAUAAAAAGUCUCAGCGACACCAUGAAAAGAGAUUAAAGUGAGCCCUUAAUAUUUAAUGAAAAAACAAUGCUUUAAAAAGAAAAAUACUCAACAUAGGUGUGAAAUAGAAUUAUAAAUUUAUAAGAUGUUAAAUAAACAUGUUUAAUUAUUAUAAAUUCUUUUCCCAACAUCAUCCUAAUUUUGAUUUUCAUCAAUUUCAUUCACAUUUAUGGGAAAAGUAAUUACAUAAAAAUUAUGUCAUCAUAUAGCAAAUAAACUCCAUAGAACAGUUAAAUAACGCAUGUAUAUGUUUAUGUGGGUUAUGACAAAUGUCACUGUUACACAGAACCAUAAAGGGACUGGGUGAGAGUGAUUCUGAGGAUGAAGAUGCCAAGGCCUGGGUUUUGAAGAGCAGAAAGCUACAACAGGAGAGAGAGAUGGCAGAUAAACGAGUAAGUUGGAGCUCAUUAUUUAAUACAUAGUGACCUAUUCUUCUUUUGGAGACAGGUUGCUAAAUGCAAGAGUAAAUGCAGGAAAAGAGUAGUUUUCCUUUAUAAAUUGUUAGUUUAGUUUGAUAAAUAAUGGUGCCGCUUUUCUGAUAGGCUGACAUGGGAAGGUGCUGCAGAUAUUGGUCAUAAAAGAUUUUUAAUCUAAGUCUACGGUUCUUAAACUUUGAAAGCCUGAGGAUCCUUUUCUUUUCAAAGAAAAAAUUUGAGGCCCCAUUUCUGAGUUGACCUUUUUAAAAAUUAAAACACAAAGAAUCAUUGCAUAAUUGCUGAGAAAUUUAAUACAUUCUUUGUUGUAACAAAUAACAAUUUGUAAAAAAUAAAAUUGAAAAUUGUUUAUACAGGUUUUUAUGAAGUACAUGUACAAUUUCAAUAAAAGUAGAAUAAAAUGUGGGUUUUUUUCUAUUCAUUUUCUAAAUUUAAUCUCUCCCACAUGACUAUCAUCACAGGCCAAAAUGCUGGAGGAGAUGGAUGAAGAUUUCGGCAUAGGAACUCUGGUUGACCAGGAAUUUAAAAAAGAUAAGGUGAGAUGGAUCAGUAUGGCUAAAACAGAAAGUCUUUUAAGUGUUUUAAUCAGAGACCUAUUUUGUUUAAAUGUUACUUUUACCUAUAUUUUUUCUUCUUUGUAUUUUGCCACAAAAACAUCUGAUAACCAGUAUGAUUUUGAACAAAUAAAAUGUUCCAUUUUGUUUGACCUUCUUAUGUACAUGUAUCUAUUUGUCUUCCACUAUGUAAAAAGAGGUACUCUUCACAAGAUCUGACUGGGCUGAAAGUUGAACAUGCUAUGGACAAAUUUGAUGAGGGGCGGAAUGUCAUACUGACUCUGAAAGAUAAAGGUCAGAAUUGUUAUCAUAAUAUCAACUGAUAAAUUAUUAUUGAUAAAGAGCUAAACCUCAGUAUUGUUUUAAAAUCAACUAAUAAAUUAUGACUGAUCUAUAAAAGGUCAGUAUUACCAUAAAAUCAACUAAUGAAUUAUGACUAACAGAUAAAAGAUAUAAAGAACUAAGUUGUUAUCAUUUAAGAUAUGAUAUUCAAAUUGUUUUCAGAAUUAUUAUUUUUUUUACAAGCUAUUUUCCUGUUACAUAAAGAAAUAAUGUUAGUAUUCAUCAUUGAUUACUGUAGAUGGUGUUUUUUUGUUUUUUUAUUACAUGUGUCUGGCUUGUUUCAUUAUUAGGUGUUCUUGAUGAGGAAGAGGGGGAUGUGCUGAUCAAUGUGAACAUUCAAGAUGAUGAGAGGGCAGAGAAAAAUGUGGAUAACAAGAAAAAGAAACCAGAGUACAAACCGUAUGAUGAACCACAGUACGAUGAAUAUGGAAUGGUGAGUCUGCUCUAGUCAGACAUAUAGUAUGAGUUGGAGACUUUGCAAUCUGAAAUUACAGUUUGGUAAACAGGGUGUUCUCUUCAGGAACAGGAGUUUAAAUUUAGAUUUCAUAAAGGCUAUUUACUGUGUUAGCAGAGUUUGCAGCUGUGCAAACAUUAAUCUAUAAACUAUAAUCUGUAAAAUCAUCAUAAUGUUGAUUAGCGUGAGUUAUUCCUUCGUUUCAGAUGAAGCCCAACAACAUGCUGUCGAAAUAUGAUGAGGAAAUAGAAGGAGCUAAAAGAGAAUCAUUCACAUUGGGUAAAUAUUCUUAUUUUCAAAACAUAUCCCAGAAACCUACCUUGCCCCCCCCUCCCCCCCCCCCCCCCCCCCUCUCCUUACAAACCACUGUACAAGUGCUUUAUACUUGCUGAAGCUGCUUUCAUAGAAGUCUUUGCUAUCUUUGCUAUUGGUUAAUACACUCAGAUUUGAAAUUAUGGCUGGACAUCUCAAUGCAAGCUGCACAGACCACACAGCCAAACUCUGUCACUGUUAAAGUCUGGUCAGUUCUGGUCUGUCCCUCAUUUUCCCUUUGGUUAUGUUCACUGUUUGCUGCAUAUCUCACAGAUUAAAGGAUGAACAGCACAAAAGACACAAUUGAAGUUGGUUGCUAAUUUCAUGACUGCACAAAUUAGCAACCACCUUCAACUUGGCUUUUUGGGCACUGCAACAUGACUGCUGCAUCCUACAAUAAUGGAAUAGAAUUGUGAGGUUGAAGUAAUAUUUUCAAACUGACUUCUAAUAGUUAAAAACAAAAUUUCAUUGAUAUCCAAUGUUUCAGAAAUAGAGAAUGCUUUAAUUUCCAGGAAUUUAUCACCCAUUGAAAAUGUUAGGCAGAAAUCUGUUUGCUUUUAAUGUCUCAUUCAAGGUGUUGUUGAGAAAGGCAUGAUAGAGCUGAAAGGGGUUGCUAAACAAGGUGAACUACCUGUGUCAUAGCAGCUCUCUUCAACAUUGUCACAACCUAAAUUUUCACCUUUCAGUCAAUUCUUGUUUGUUGCUCUUUUUUCAGGUUCUGGUGGUUUGUAUGAUGCAGCUCAUGAAAAACGAAUGGCAGAAAUCAAGCAGGCACUGAGAGCACAAGGGGUGAGUAUAAAUAUAAGCUGAGAUUGCCCUUUGAACAGGAUUUAUUUACAAAUUAAGAUUAUCAUGUUGAAAUAUGAAAUUGGUGAUUCUCAUCAUGGGAUAAAACAAAAAAGCACAAACUGAAAAUAGUUAACUAUAAACACAUUGUUGAUAUAUUAUUAGUAUUUCCUCACAUUAUUUGUAUUGUUACAGUAGUUUUCUCACACCUAUUAAAAUAGUAUAUAGUAAUCUCCUUUUAUAUUAAGAAGUAACUUUUUUUUGUGGUUCAAAAUGUGGACCUACCUCACCACAUGUUACUUUAUGAGUUCCAUUUCUGUCAAAGUUUUGUGCAACCUGAAUAGAUAAAAUAACAUUAUAAUUGUUGUUGUUUUUUUUAAAAUCUAGCAAAGCCUUCAAAUGGCACCACCAACUCUGCUUACUGAAUACAUGACACCAGAAGAAAUGGUUGGUGAUUUUUAAGAACUUCUUAUCUGCUGAAUUUUAAUUUGUUAACAUCUGUGUUCAUAAUUUAUAUCCUGUUGUUCAACAUUUUGUCUUUUACUCAGUUUGAUUUGUGUAACAUAUUUUGGUAAUUUAUAUAAAUACUCAAUUAGAGUUGGAGUUUGGUGAUCAUCAGAAUAUUUGUAUGAGCUAAUGAAAAUUUUUGAAUUCUAGGAAGCUGCCAAGUUCAGAAAGGUUAAAAAGAAGGUUCGUAAAAUCAGAAAGAAAGAAAUUCUCAAAGCUGAUGAUCUGUUACCACUGCCAGAAGAAGUUUCCAAUGAAGAUUAUGGAUCCAGGUAAUGAACUAUGUGUCUAUCCAUAUUUUUCAUAUUGAACAAAUUGUAUUUUCCUGUUUUAAUAUGACUUAAAAUGUGUUUACUUUCUAAAAUUGAAGGAAUCUUUAUUUUAUCUUUCUCUGGUUUUUUUUGUGUGGUUUUUUUCAAGGGCCAGAGGAAGAGGUCGUGUAGAGCCAGAAGAUGGUGAGGUAUCUAAUGAUGGGACAGAGGAAACUAAAGAUAUCAAGGAUGUCAAGGAAGUGAAGGCAGAGGUUGAUGCCGUCUACAGCACAGAUAUUUUAGCUGGAGCUCCACAGAUUAAGGUUGAUUUAGACGAUUGUAAGUGUUUUUCCAAAUAUAAUGUUGUGAAUUGGUCACAGCAUACUUUGCAUAAGGAUAUUUUUUUUGUUUUGUUUUUUAUUUUUAUUGUUCAAACAUGUAUACUGCUCAAACUUUGUAUGUGAUAAAGAAUUUACUAGGAAAUCUCUAAUGAUUUAUUUUUAUAGCUCUAUAUUCAGGCUACCUGAUACAAGAAGAAUGUUUUGCCAUUUAAGUUAUCUUUGUUAAAAUUUUGACAGAAUGCGGCUUAGGAGUUUUAGAUUUUAAUACAUGACACACACAUUUUAAAAAUGAAUACCAUUAAUACCAUGAAUUGAUAGUCGUGAUUUUUGAACAGCUGACAUUGUGGGUCCAGACGAAGACCUUACCGGUGUUGCAAUAGAAGAGGAAGAGGUCCAGAAUGAACUGCAGGGCAUGCUGGCCAGGGCACGCAAACUCAAACUAAAGAAAGAGAGACAAACUCAAGGGGUUAGUACUUAAACAUGUAAAUGAAAAUGUAAAUAAUAGUCUAUCACUAAAACAUAAUAUAAUAUUUUUUUUUAAAGUCACUUACAUCAUCAAAGUUUUUUAAAAAAAAUGUGGAGUUUAAUACUUAUUCAGACUUUUUGUAAAAUUUGUACGUUUUUUCAUACAUUUUUUUUUCGUUGUUUAAAUUUAUAGUUAUAGAAAUGACUUGACUACUGACGGAAACUUUGAGUUAAACUAGCAAGUAUUCUCAAAGGCUAACUUGUUGUGUCCAUGAAUUAAUAGUUAGUGUGAGCAGAAAAUUGACAUAAUUCUGUCCUUCAGACAUUUCAAUGAAUGUAAGAACAUUCUGUGUUCCAUAAUUAGUUACUUUCUUUUUUAAAUUUGAUACAAUUCUUGUUAAAAAAUUAGGCUUCAGGGGAGAAUCAUAUAGUGAUUUUCAAUUUUUUUGCAAGCAUGAACAAAUUAAGAUGGUUUGGAUUACUAUUAGUUGGCAAUGUAUAGGAAUAAUUUUCAGCUCAUUGCUUUAUUGUAUUUCAUCAGAAUGAUUAGCCCUAGCCCCAACUCCUCCAAAAUAUCAUUGCCAUUCCACUGAAUGAUAUCAAUUUUUAAAAAAAUAAAUGUUUAUUUCCAGGGCUUAGAGUAUGCUCUACAAGACCUUGAUGAAAAAAAUUCUCUUGAGACUGGAGCUAAUAUAACGCUAAACUCCACUUCUGAGUUUUGUCGAAAUUUAGGUGAGAUUCCAACAUACGGCCUGGCUGGGAACAGAGAGGAAGAUAGAGAAGAGAUUAUGGUAAGUUUAUUUAUCGUAAAUAAUAAUAAAUGUGAUUACAGAAUAUAUAAGAGCUGUUUGAAAUAAUGAUAGUAACAAAGAAACAUUAGGAUUAUUUUAAGACUUCCAUUAAUGCACUACAAAAAACUGGAUAGAGCUGAUAGAUCUAAAGCCACUGUUACCACAGUCAAGCAGCUGCAUCAUCUAAUAUUUUUGACAAGUUAGUAUAUGGUUUGUUUCCUGCUUCAAUAGGACAUGGAACUAGAAAUGAUGGAUCACAAGCGGAAAAAAGAUGAACUGGAGGAGACGACGGGAGGCUGGAAUCAGGUGGAUAUUGAUGACAACCCAGUUGACAUACGAGUAAGUGUGAUUAAUGCUCCUGGUCUUGUUGUUUUAGUCUUGGUGGGUUUUGGAUAAGUGGGGCUAUGUUAGCACGACAAGUUUCUACACUAGCAUAUUUUUAAUAUUACAUUUUAGUACUACCCUUUUUUUUUUUAAUGUUGAUAUUGCGACACAAUUUCAGCAAUACAUGCAUAUUUUGGUUAGAGCAGGUGUAAAGUGGUAGAUUUCAAUUUCUAAAGUGUUACGGAAUUUUUCAACUAUUUUCAGUUUUGAUUAGUAUUUAUUUUUACCUAUUAAAAAAAUUACUUUUUUUUUUUUUUUUUUUUUUUUUUUUUUUUAUAUUUUUUUUUUUUUUUUUUUUUUUUUUUUUUUUUUUUUAAAAAAAUUUUUUUUUUUUUUUUUUUUUUUUUUUUGAGUCUUGACAAAUUUGGCUUAUUUUGUUUCAUUAAAUCAAAGAUUCCUACUUUUUUCUCCAGGCAGAAGAAGCAGCUGUGUUGGAAGAGGAACCUAUUGCAAGCACAGGGGUUGGGUCGGCUCUACAGUUGGCCAUUAAGAAAGGUGAGAAUUCACCCCAUAAGUAGCUUUAUGCUUUUAGUUGUUAUGUGUUGUAAUGUUUUUGAGGAGGGUGACCUUUAAAAUCUUUUAAGUAUUAUACGUUUACCUGCCACUAAAUGUAGCUAAAAAAAACAAUCAACAUUUUUUAACGUAUCCCAUAGGCUACCUUGAGGAUGAAGCUCCUAAGAAAUUGCCAAGCAUGUCUACCAAAUAUUUGGAGCUUCAAGCCCAGAAUUACACCAUACAAGACAAGAGAUACGAGUAAGUUGUGAACCCACUUGAAAGUUUAACUUGUUUCACUACCACGUUAGUUUUUGUGCCAUCUCAUUUUUAAAAAGUUAGGAUAUUAUGAUGACAAGAAGACAUAAUAAGUUCCUUGUGUACUUUCACCCAUUUUUUUAUAUUAUAUGAAACCAUUUUCAGACUCCCCCCACCUUCCCACAUCACAAAAUUUGCUGAGUUAAUUCACAUUUCUUACCAUUUGAUUCCAGUGAUCUUGAUGAGAAGAACCGUAAAAGAGAUCGUUAUCAAGGUGGAAUGAUCACAGAGUUUAAAGAAAAAGAGACCUACAAACCAGAUGUUAAGCUCGACUACGUGGAUGAAAGUGGUCGAAACUUGUGUGCCAAGGAAGCUUUCCGACAGCUGAGCCAUAGGUUCCACGGGAAAGGUUCUGGAAAGAAAAAGACAGAGAAGAGAAGCAAGAAAGUAGAGGAAGAAUUGGUAGGACAGUGGUUCUUAAACAUUUCAUAUCCACUACCUUUUUUUUUUUUCCAUAAAUAUAAUUCUAGAGGUUUUUUUAAAAUAUUAUUUACGGUCCAUUUUUGUUACUUUAAUUUUGUUUUCAAUAUUUUAUGGACUCUUGAAGCUGGUUAGUAAUGUAAUAUAAAUGAUUGCAACAAUUAAACUCCAUUUGCAAUGUUUGUCUCUUUUCCAGUUGAUGAAACGCAUGAGUUCAACAGACACCCCUUUGAACACACUCAGUUUACUGAAAGACAAGCAGAAAUCUGAAAAAUCCCCAUACAUUGUUCUCAGCGGCAGUAAAGGAUUCACAUCGUGAGUAGAUUAUUAAUAGUGCUCCGCAUCAGAUUCACAGUUUUUCAAAUAGAUGGCAUUAUUUUUAACAAGUUCCAAGAAUGUCAGAAACUUUUAAAGACCAGAAAGAUCUUUUAUGGACAUUCCUAUUGACCGAGGAUAUUGUUUAAUAUUAAAAUUCGUUCCUUUGUAAAUAGUACCAACAAAAAUGUUCUCUCAAUGUUCCAGGAACACAAUUGUCAAGCCUUCCUGAAGACCCUAUUGGAUGAAACAACUGUUUUGAUUCUCUGUGUGCUCACCUGGGGACUGUUCUCAAGCCUGUCAUUGUAAUUUGAUGUUUCUGUGAAUUAUACAAAAACUGAGUUCCUUAUCUUGAUUCUACAUUUAUUCAUCGUUUAGAACUAAAUCAAAACUGAUUUAGUUAUUUCAUGAAAUCUCACACACUAUCACUUAUGUUGAUUGAUUGUUUAGUUUUUUUAACAAAGAGAUAUUGCAUUUGGAUUCUUCACCCAUGUUAACAAUUGAAAAUUAGGUUUAAAAAAAAAAUUGUGAACAAGUCACUUUAAACUUUGUUGGACUCAACUACAGUGUGGGUGAAACAAAAAUUUUCUUACAUGAGUUCAUGUGUGAUUGUUCCAGCAGAGCACUAGGCCAUUGAUGUUUUUUGUACAUUUGUUGUUAAAUAGACUGUUUAUAAGUAUUUGGUAUGCAUGGUAGUUCGUAUGUUGGUCAUGAAUGAACUUAAGAAUGUUGAAAACGGGGCGGUUCCAACGCUGGCUACGAUGUUUAAAUGGUUUUUAAAGUUCUGUAACCUUGGUAAAUAUGGAAUUAAAAAAUGAGUUUGAAAAUGGUA